AUGUCUUCCCUCCCUACCUUGAUCCUUUGCCACGGCGCCUGGCACACUGCAGAAUAUUGGGACACGGUCAUGAACGAACUACAAAACAAAGGCUAUAAAUGCAUAGCUCCGACAAUCAUCUACAAUGGUGGAGAGAAGCCCGUCCAAUCAAUGACAUCUGUUGUGGCAGCUCUGCAAGAGGUCAUUGCCGACGAGAUCGAGCAGGGCAACGAUGUCGUCUUGGUCAACCACUCCAUGGCCGGCAUCUCAGGUUGCAGUGCUGUCAAGGGCUUCACGAGAAAAGACUCCUCAAAACGCAAGGGUGAGAAGUCGGGAUACGUGUCGGGACUGAUCCAGAUCACUGCGUGGACACCAAGCGGAAAUGAAACUUCUCUGGCUGAUCUGGGCGAGGACUUUGCGCGUAGUCAUCCGGAGAUAAAGAUUUCUCGAAUGAAAACCAAGACCGAUGACGAGGGCUGGUCCGAGGUCGAUGGCGAGCCUGCAAAGUAUUUCUACAACGACCUGCCCCGCGAAGUCGCCGAAAAAUGGACUUCCAAGCUCAUCAAGUUCUCUGCAGCAAUACGAGGUGCGCGUGACUCUGUCUAUGCCGGUUGGCGAGACGUGCCCGUUUGGUAUCUGAUAUGCACCGAGGAUAAUGCCAUCAAGAAGGAGCUGCAAGAGCACAUGGUGGAGAAAUGCCGAGCACUCGGUGCAGACAUCUCGACAAGGGAAUGCGAGGCCGGCCAUUCACCCAUGCUGAGUAGGCCCGGGGAGACGGUGGCAUUCAUCGAGGAUGCUGUGAGAGCGUUUUAUGCAUGA